AUGGGGCAGCCGGGCAACCACACCACGGUCUUCUUGCUGGCGCCCAACGGGAGCCACGCGCCACCGGGCCAGGAUCUCGCGCAGGAGCGGGACGAGACGUGGGUGGUGGGCAUGGCCAUCCUCAUGUCGCUCAUAGUCCUGGCCAUCGUGUUCGGGAACGUGCUUGUCAUCACGGCCAUCGCCAAGUUCGAGCGCCUGCAGACGGUCACCAACUACUUCAUCACCUCCUUGGCCUGUGCCGACCUGGUCAUGGGCCUGGCGGUGGUGCCCUUCGGGGCCAGCCACAUCCUUAUGAAAAUGUGGACCUUCGGCAACUUCUGGUGCGAGUUUUGGACGUCCAUCGACGUGCUGUGUGUCACGGCCAGCAUCGAGACCUUGUGCGUGAUCGCCGUGGACCGCUACUUCGCCAUCACGUCGCCCUUCAAGUACCAGAGCCUGCUGACCAAGAACAAGGCCCGGAUGGUCAUUCUGAUGGUGUGGAUCGUGUCCGGCCUCACCUCCUUCCUGCCCAUCCAGAUGCACUGGUACCGGGCCACCCACCAAGAAGCCAUCAAGUGCUAUGCCAAAGACACCUGCUGCGACUUCUUCACGAACCAGGCGUAUGCCAUCGCCUCCUCCAUUGUCUCCUUUUACCUGCCCCUGGUGGUCAUGGUCUUCGUCUACUCCAGGGUCUUCCAGGUGGCCAAAAGGCAGCUCCAGAGGAUCGACAGGUUCGAGGGCCGCUUCCACGCCCAGAACCUCAGCCAGGUGGAGGAUGGGAGGGGCGGCGGUGGGCAUAGCCAUCGCAGGUCCUCCAAGUUCUGCUUGAAGGAACACAAAGCCCUCAAGACUCUGGGCAUCAUCAUGGGCACGUUCACCCUGUGCUGGCUGCCCUUCUUCAUCGUCAACAUCGUGCACGUGAUCCAGGAUAACCUCAUCCCCAAGGACGUUUACAUCCUCCUCAACUGGGUGGGCUACGUCAACUCGGCCUUCAACCCCCUCAUCUACUGCCGGAGCCCCGACUUCAGGAGCGCCUUCCAGGAGCUCCUGUGCCUGCGCAGGUCUUCCCUGAAGGCCUAUGGGAACGGCUACUCCAGCAGCAACGACAAGACGGAAUGCACGGUGGUGCCCAGUGGAUACCACCUGGCACAGGAGAAAGACGGCAAACUGUUGUGUGAGGAUGCCUCGGGCAGGGAAGACUUUGCGAGCCGCCAAGGUACUGUGCCAAAUGAUAGCAUAGAUUCACAGGGGAGGAAUUGUAGUACAAACGACUCGCUGCUCUGA